AUGGUGCUGCCCAUUUCUUGGGCGAUUAUUCCCGCUGUCCCCUCACCGCCCUUGCUUUGCAGUUGCAGGUGCUGCUUGCUCUGUCUCGGUGUCUCCGAUCCAAUCCAAGCUGCAGGAGCCCUCGGAGAUGAGAUUAUUCCUGGCAUUGGACAGUUUGUUACAACUGAGCUAGCAACGGAUAUUGUUAUCACUGUAGGGGAUGUCAAGUUCUAUCUUCACAAGUUCCCUCUUUUGUCCAAGAGCUCCCGCCUACAAACACUGGUGGCGUCAACAAGCGAGGAGAGCAACGACGAAGUGGACAUCUCCGACAUCCCCGGCGGGCCAGCGGCGUUCGAGAUCUGCGCUAAGUUCUGCUACGGCAUGGUGGUCACCCUCAACGCCUACAACGUGGUGGCCGCCCGGUGCGCGGCGGAGUACCUGGAGAUGUUCGAGACGGUGGACAAGGGGAACCUCGUCUACAAGAUCGACGUGUUCCUGUCGGCGAGCAUCUUCCGGACCUGGAAGGACUCCAUCAUCGUGCUGCAGUCCACGAAGUCACUUCACCAAUGGACAGAGAACCUCAAGGUGGUGAACCACUGCAUCGACGCCAUCGCCACCAGGGCGUCCAUGGACCCGUCGGAGGUCGACUGGUCCUACACCUACAACCGGAGGAAGCUCCCGUCGGAGAACGGCGGCGACGCGCACAGCUGGAACGGCGUCAGGAAGCAGCAGGCGGUGCCGAGAGACUGGUGGGUGGAGGACCUCUGUGACCUGGAGGUGUGCCUGUACAGGAAGGUCAUAUUGGCCGUGAAGGCCAAGGGGAGGACGGGCAGCGACGUCGUCGGCGAAGCGCUGCGGGCCUACGCGUGCCGCCGGCUGUUCGCGUCCCUGGACCAUGCCGUCAGCAACAGGCUUGACUGCACCAAGCACCGUGCCGCUCUUGAAGCCGUCGCCGAGCUGCUGCCGGCGGAGAAGGGAUCGGUGUCUUGUGGUCUCCUUCUGAAGCUGCUCAGAGCUUCGUGCCUGCUGGAGUCCGGUGAGGCCUACCGCGGCGAGUUGGUCAGGAGGAUCAGCGCGCAGCUGGAUCGAGCUUCGGUCUCGGAUCUUCUGAUGCCUGCUGAAUCCGGCGACGACGCAAUGUACAAUGUUGACAUGGUGGCUGCGAUACUGGAGGAGUUCUUGCUGCAGCACAGAAUUAAUGGAAGUGAUCAGGCAAAGCUGAAGGAAGAUGAUGACAACAUGGAUGUAGCUGCUGACGACGUGAUCGCUUCUUCGAAGCUGGCGGCUGUCGCAAAGCUGGUGGAUGGAUUUCUCUCUGAGAUCGCCAAGGACCCGUGCCUUCCUCUAGAGAAGUUCAUCGACCUCGCUGAAUCCAUGCCUCCCCUGUCUCGACCGGUGCACGACGCGCUCUACCGCGCCAUCGACGUUUACCUCAAGGAGCACCCGGGCAUGUCGAAGGGCGAGAAGAAGCGGCUGUGCGCGCUGAUGGACUGCAGGAAGCUGACGGCGGACGCGAGCGCGCACGCCGUGCAGAACGAGCGGCUGCCCCUGCGCGUGGUGGUGCAGGUGCUCUCCUUCGAGCAGAUCCGGCAGUCGGCGGCGGCCUCUGCCGCUGCCCCAGCACGCUCACUCGUCAUGCCCAGGGACGACGGCGCGUCGUACGGCGGCAGCUCGAGGUCGGCGACCACGACGGCGACGGAGGACGAGCAGUGGGGCGGCGGCGCCGUGGGCGGCGCGCCUACGACGUCAGCGUCCGGCGGCGACGCCAGCUCGCUCCGGUCGGUGAGCCAGCUGUCGGCCAACAAGAGCGGGAGGAGCGGCGGCGACAGGAAGACCGCCAAGGGCGGUGCGGUGGCGCCGGCGCCGGCGAGGAGGGUGCUGGGGAAGCUAUGGUCCAUCAAGGCCAGCAGCGGGGAGAACAGCGGGUCGGACGACACGUCGGAGAGCCCCGCUGGCUCCCUCAACCUGGAGGAGACCAAGUCAACGCCGUCACGGAUCACGAGGCAUUCUGUGUCAUAG